UUACACCUAUUCCUAAUUCUCGUUUUUUAAUCACAAGUUCCCAACACUACUCCAAAUUUUCCCCAAGGAAAAAAAUGUGCUACGGCGGUCAACGAUUACCGGCAAAAGACGAGUUAACCGACCCGGCCCGACGGACCCGAACUUUACCGGCGGCGAACGGGAAUGCCGUGGUAGUUGAAAACCUCCGGGACAGGUUAGCUGAGACGGAGGCGCGGCUGGAGCGAGCUAGGGCUCGGGAAGCGGAGCUGAGCCGGCAACUGGAGGAGAUGAAGAGGUACGUCAGCGUUAUGGAAAUUCUCGAAUGUUACCUCAAGCGCCGAUACAGAGAACAGCAAGUUAGAACCCUAACAGUGGUAAAUUCGAAGUAAAGAAGGCUAAAUUUCUCUUUUGAUAUAGAUGAUUUAUGUGGUUAAGGGAUUCUUACGGUUUCAUGCUUUAUGUAAUCAUGUGUGUUGUAAUUGUAUAUUCUUCAGUGUGAUAUAGAAUAGUUAAUCAAUUGAACUUGGAAUACUCUUCAAUUUUACUGUUCUAUGUGUUUGGAUUGGUGUUAAUGUGAAUUAUAAACUUGGAAUUG